AUGACAUAUCUUAAAAAUUGUGUUCAACGGUUGGCAAGACUAAAUUUAUUCAAGACGAAUACUGAUCGAAUGGAAGAUAAUAUAAAACGAGAACUGAUCAGCACGCGUGUUUAUUUAAUAUUAUUUCCAAUUUUGAGCAAAAUUAUACCAAACUCACAACUACCGAAGGAUUGGCGUAGUUUUGUCCACAUACAAUUUCAACUCUUAUCCGAUUUAUGCGACUUAGCUAACAAAACAAUUGAUAAUGCUAUGGACAGUUUUCUCAAUCAAGUCUUUAUUACGUCAAAUGUUGUCCACAUGAGUGAAUUUACUGAACGAUUCAAUUCAACCCUUACAGAAUUCUUUCAUUCAACGAUUGUUGAUUUCACACAACUUGUGAAAACAAUUCGUAUAGUUAUUCAAACUGAUCAACCUUUUUCUCCUGUGGAGCUAGGAGUAUACAGAAAUGCACUAGAGCUGAUUGCAAACGAAGUAGAGUCCGAAGCAAAUAAUAAACCCUCAGUGAAGAUUCGAUUCGUUCCCAGAACGCUGUCCAAUGCAAGUACCGAUUCUGCGAAAUGUUUUUGUGCAGCCGAUCAAUAUUGUCAUACAUCCUUUCCAACUUAUUCCGAUAUAUGGCUGAACGAAAAAGAUUUCGAACCAUAUUCUAAUGAACUACCGGGCGCAACACUUGGCUGUUAUUUUAUCGAUUCUACUCUAUUCUCAACACUCGAAUGCUUUUACCUACGUUCACCCUGUUUUAAAUUUAUAAAACAAGUGUUAAGUAGUGAGUACGCCAGUUCGAUUUUGAAACCAUGGAGCGAUGUUCGGCCACUCAUUUACGAUGCAAAAUUCAGUCGUUUUCCACCGAAUACUCCAAUAUCGUUUCUAGUCGAAAAGGCGAUGAUUGAAAGCUGGAAUUCAUCCAUCAUAUACGAACAAUAUUUUGACGCAUGUGCACCGAAAUACUGUACUUAUUCGAUUGAAAUCCUUGCCAAGACUUUUACCGAAGUGUUGAUUAUAGCGGUAUCUAUGCUUAGUGGAAUUUCUGUUAUAUUACGAUAUAUCACAAGCUAUUUGGUGAAAUUCAUUUUCUACAUAGCAAUUUGCAAACUGAAAAGGCACCGGAAAACACCUUCACAACGAAUACGAGGUAAUUCAAAUACUCGUCUCUACAUUCUUCUAUACAGCGGUGCACUUAUUAUUAUUACUUUAUACGGAGUAAGUGUACCUAGGGCAAUAACGAAAACUUUUAACAAGCCAACAUUCAUUGAAUACAAUGAGUUCUCCCAGAAAUAUGCCGAUAAAUUAGUUUGCAUUUGUUCAUCAAUUGCUUCGACGUAUAAACAAUUUACAACAGUUCAACCGAUAUUCCAUCAAAUCUGUUCAAGUGAAUUUAUAUCUGAAAGAUGGCGACAUCAUUUAACGUACAAUAUCAUUUCAAAUCUAUCUAGAUAUGAUAUAAAAGAUUAUCGUCGUUUCCUUUCGGCUCAUCUCCAGUUCCUUGAAGGAUUAUGUGAAUUGUUUAGUCAAUCAGUUGCGACAUAUGUGAAUCAAGUUCUCGAUUCAUUUCUGAUUACGACUCGACUUUUAUCAGAGACUGAUUUUGAACUGCGGGUCAAUUCCAAUAUCGAACGAAUCAAAUCAAGUUCUCCAAACAAAAUAUCUCAAAUCCUUUAUUUACUUCGACAUUUGAAUCACGAAAAUGGUCUUAUCUCAACUUAUGGAACGAACUACCAUUAUGUUUCUCCCAGAAACAUGACUGCAUCGUUUGUCCCCACCGGCAGCAUCGUUUACGAUGGAUGCGCCUGUGACAAGCAACACAAUUGCACAAGUCAAGCAAAGUUCAUCGACAUAAACUCUUCUGAGACAAUCUCAAUCAAAGGUUUGAAAGUCGGUUGUACACCAAGUGAAUCAUUGUUUGCAUCGACUCUUGAAUGCUUUUAUGAUCCAUCGUGUAUAGAACUAUUUGAGAAAUAUACGAAUUCGACGAAGAGUGUUCAUCUUUCUAGCAGAAACAUGAAGCAGCUCUCUCUCAACACGACUGUUCAGCAACUCGUCGACAAACUGUUUAUCGAAGAUUGGAAUAAAACGACGAACUAUUCGUCGUACUAUGAAGCAUGUUCGCCAUCGUCUUGUUCAUACACUUACAUACAAAAAUUCAAUCCAUUCCAUGCAUUGACACUUGCUAUUGGUUUCCAAGGUGGAAUGAGUAUUAUUUUGCGAUGGAUUUGUCCGAAGUUAGUUCGAAUAAUCUUCAGAAUCUAUAAGCAUCGAAAAAGACAACAAAAUAUUGUUCAACCCAUCAGUGCGACACAGAACACAUCAACUGACGGUAUUCCGUGUCAUCUCGAAAUGAGAGCGAAUUCUUCAUCAAUCAUUCAACGUCCAUGGAAAACGAUUUUCAUUUGGAUAUUAGUAACUGCAAUAAUCAUCGUAGCUCUAAUUGUAUUUUCUAUUCUUUUCGCUAAAUUUCAACUGACAGCGGAAACAACAAGCACAACAAUCUCGACAAGUUCAACCAUCACAAUACCAAAUAACAUGACAAGACCAAACUCUACUCGAAAUUGUCAGUUUAAGUUUCAGUUGAAACUGCUAUACACAGGGAUUAUCGCAUAUCUUUCUGCGAAGGGCAUGGCUGCUGAUUUCAACGGCGAUCUACGAGAUGAAAUUGUUCUUUUUUCUUCUUCCUUGAAUGAAAUACUGAUAAUUUCACCACAUCGUGACGAAGAUUUUCAAAUACGAACCGUGUCGCUGGAGGAUUCUGUGACACACUUACUCAUCGCCGAUUUUAACAAUGAUAAUUAUCUUGAUUUAGUCACAGUUGACUUUAUCUAUCGUAUCCAUAUUCAUUUGGGAAAGAGCGACUAUACAUUUCAAUCGCCGAUUACUACAACUUCGACCGAUCAUCAGACAUUAUUUAGGCAGUUAAAUAGCGGAGAUCUUAAUCAUGAUGGCUUUUUAGAUAUUGUUCUAGUUUUAAACACUUCUAAUAAGCUAUGUGUAUUAUUAGGACAUGGUAAUGGAAGUUUCAGUCAACAAUAUGAUAUCGAUAUACCUUCAGAACUGGCAGCAAUAAUGUGGUCUAUCUAUAUCAAGGAUUGCAAUAACGAUAGUUAUCUGGAUAUAAUCGUUGCUUACGAGAACGGUCGCAGUAUAUAUGUAUAUUUUGGACAUGACUCUGGCAUAUUUGAAAUGAAGAGAAUUUAUAAAUCAUUCGAUUAUAUUAUGGUACGGUCUUCGUUAAUAGUGGAUGAUCUUAAUAAUGAUGGCCAACUAGAUUUUCUUAUAUUCUAUAUGAAUUGCGACAGCUUUACGAUAAUAUAUGAGAUCGAUUACGAAAGAUUGGAUUUCGUAGUUGAGCACGCAAUAGAUCUUGGUAUUACCGUGGAAAGUCCUUAUGUCAUUGCGACUGAUCUAGACGGAGAUCGAAAUACAGAUAUUGUCGUACUCGAUGGCAGCGCAAAAAGUCUUUUCGUAUUUUUGGGUGAUGGCAAUGGAAACUUUAAAAGAAAAGCAAAUUUUACUAGUGAAGUUUUUACACAUUAUAUGAAUGACCAUAUUUAUUUUGUUGCGAAUAAUUUCAGUAGAUAUAAGCAGAAAGACAUUGUAUUGUACAACAUGGUCAAUGGAACGAUCGAUGCGCUUUUAACUGAAAAUCAAUGUUGA